AUGUCGUCCAUCCUGCCCUUCACUCCCCCCAUCGUCAAGCGCCUGCUGGGCUGGAAGAAAGGCGAGCAGAAUGGGCAAGAGGAGAAGUGGUGCGAGAAGGCGGUCAAGAGCCUCGUGAAGAAGCUCAAGAAGACCGGGCAGCUGGACGAGCUGGAGAAGGCCAUCACCACCCAGAGCGUCAACACCAAGUGCAUCACCAUCCCCAGAUCGCUGGAUGGCCGGCUGCAGGUAUCCCACCGAAAGGGUCUCCCUCAUGUUAUCUAUUGCCGGCUCUGGCGGUGGCCAGAUCUUCACAGCCACCACGAACUGCGAGCCAUGGAGAUGUGUGAAUACGCCUUUAACAUGAAGAAGGAUGAAGUCUGUGUGAAUCCGUAUCACUAUCAAAGAGUGGAGACACCAGUGCUACCUCCAGUAUUGGUUCCGAGGCAUACAGAGAUCCCAGCUGAGUUUCCUCCACUGGAUGAUUAUAGCCACUCCAUUCCAGAGAACACUAACUUCCCAGCAGGCAUAGAACCUCAAAGCAACUACAUUCCAGAAACACCCCCUCCUGGUUAUCUGAGUGAGGAUGGAGAAACCAGUGACCAUCAGAUGAACCAUAGCAUGGAUGCAGGUUCUCCAAAUUUAUCUCCAAAUCCAAUGUCCCCUGCACACAACAAUUUGGAUCUCCAGCCAGUCACUUACUGUGAACCUGCCUUCUGGUGCUCCAUCUCCUACUACGAGCUCAACCAGCGUGUCGGGGAAACUUUCCAUGCGUCGCAGCCCUCCAUGACGGUGGACGGCUUCACCGACCCUUCAAACUCUGAGCGCUUCUGCCUCGGGUUGCUGUCGAACGUCAACCGCAACGCAGCGGUGGAGCUCACCAGGCGACACAUCGGGAGAGGAGUGAGGCUAUAUUACAUCGGAGGGGAGGUGUUCGCAGAGUGCCUUAGCGACAGUGCCAUUUUUGUCCAGUCUCCUAACUGCAACCAGCGCUAUGGGUGGCACCCGGCCACUGUGUGCAAGAUCCCACCAGGUUGUAACUUGAAGAUUUUUAACAACCAGGAAUUUGCUGCCCUUCUGGCCCAGUCUGUGAACCAGGGAUUCGAAGCCGUCUACCAGCUGACGAGAAUGUGCACAAUCCGAAUGAGCUUUGUCAAGGGCUGGGGGGCUGAAUACAGGCGGCAGACGGUCACAAGCACUCCCUGCUGGAUCGAGCUCCAUCUGAAUGGCCCCUUACAGUGGCUAGACAAGGUCCUGACCCAGAUGGGCUCCCCGAGCAUCCGCUGUUCCAGCGUGUCUUAAAGGAGCCUGGAAGCAGAAGCCAAGACUUGCAAGUGGAAUCUGUUUUAACUCCUGGCAAAGGGCAACCUACGUCAGUCCCUCACCUGAGAAUUUACCUCUCUUUGUUUUUUAAAAAGAAAACUUAAGGAUCGCGUUGAAAAUGAGCAUUUAGGGUUUGCUAGUGACGUUGCGGCCGACAGUCUCUUGAGGCCCGAUGCCACGUAGCGAUGGCUCCUUCCUUUCAGUGAAAGAUUUUGCUCUGGCGCUGCUUGAACGAACAGAGGUUUUGCCGUUGCAGUGUCUCGUGGACCUGGCCCAGACAGUUGGCACUUCAGUCGCAGAGAAAUUUUGGACUAUGGUAGAAGAUGUUUUGACACACGCUGCCAAGUUUGAGUUCCAGUGAAGUGGAGCAAGACUUGCGACUUCCCUUGCAGAGGUUCUGCAGCUCACGUUGGAUGUCCGCAGAUGCCCUUGUCAGCAUUUCUCAGAACAGGAGAGAGCAAAGAGAAGGGCCUCUUCUGUCUGUCUCUAUCCCCUGCCAUCCCACUGCCAGUCUGGCCGCUUCACUAGAGGACAUCCAGCUUGGGAAAUGGGUGGCAGAGGGACUGCUUUUACAUUCCUUUAAAAAAAAAAAAAGCUUUUGCUUCUGUGCCUACAUUUCCACCUGCUAGACCCAUCCCUGUUAGACCAUUUGAAGGAAUGGCGAGGAAAGGGUAAGGAGAGAGUAGCAACUCAAUGAAGCAGCAUUGCCCCAAGCUUACAGAUAUUCCACUUCUUGCAGUGUGGAAGGCCUGAUUUAUACCGUAGUUGCAAUGAUCUCAGAGGUGGUAUUAUGCACAACAUCACCACAUUCCACUUCAGUGUAUAUUUCAGUGUCCCUUCUUUCUGUCACAGGGAGAUCUUGCUGAUUUCCCCCUGAUUUCCCCAUUAACAUAUUUAACUGGUGGGUUGUCCUCACAAUGUGCUGCCUUAACUAACUUUUUUAAAAGGCUCUGAAAGUUCAUUAGGGGAGUCUCGGGAAAGGGAGCUCAGCAGUCUCGCUUUAAAGGGCUGGCAGUCAAAGGCUCAUUUGAUAAGGGAAAAGAGGUGCUAAUAAUAAAUGGCCCAGGACAGAUUCAGCCAAGGCUGUGGCAUUGUCCAUUGGUUGCCCUUGUCCUGUAUAAAUUGAUACACUCCUCUGCCAAGGACAGGUAGCAUCUGCAAUUGGUAAGAAAUGUGCAUCUGACCAAGACUGCUUGACUGACAGUUUUUGCUUCUUAGAGUGGUUAAGGAGCUGUAAAUAGAUCAUACACUCUUCCUGCCCUGUUAGAAUGGCAGGUGUGUGUCUGUUCAGUGCUCUACAUUCUGGUCAGCAUUUUGGACUUGAUGGCAAAAGCAGUGUGUGGUAAUCAACGUGAUCUGAUCAAGAAAUGUGAGAUUAUCAGUGCCCAGCCAGGACCUGUUGCAGGUACAGGGGAAUGUGCGGCGGUUAAAUCUCCCAGUUCUAGGAUGAUUAGCAAGAGGCCCAGCACAGCACUUAAAGCAGCUGUCAUUGAGCUGUUACUCCGAUCAAGGUAGUGAACA